AGCGUGCAGCGUAGUUCUGCCUGCGUGGUUCCGUAGCGUGCAGCGUGGUGGGUCCACAGCGUGGUUCCGCAGCGUGCAGCGUGGUUCCGCAGCGUAGUUCCGCAGCGUGCAGCGUGGUUCCGCCUGCGUGGUUGUGCCGCUCCUCCACGCCAGACGGAGGAAAGUGAUUUAUGGACAUUGAGUUGACAAGCGGCCGCCGGCAGAGUCAGUGUUGGUUGCUCUCUUCAGGCACUUUUUGUUCCUUUGCAGUUAAAACAAGCAAAAGACGAAGAAGGAGAAUUACAACGCCAUGGCUCCUACAAUAUAUGAGAGUUCAACAACAAAAGGUAGUGGCCCUAGCAGACCUGCCCUAGAGGCUGAGCUCAGGGAGCUGUUGGGGAAGAGGAUCAUGAUACUAGAUGGAGGGAUGGGCACCAUGAUCCAGGAGAGGCGAUUGGAGGAGGAACACUUCAGGGGGGAGGAGUUUAAAGACCACACCCACAGCCUGAGGGGCAACAACGACCUGCUGAGCAUCACACAGAGUGAUGUCAUCUACAGUAUACACAAGGAAUACCUGCUGGCCGGGGCAGACAUCAUUGAGACCAACACUUUCAGUAGCACCUGUAUCGCCCAGGCCGACUACGGACUGGGACACUUGGCUUAUCGUAUGAACAAGGUGUCAGCAGAAAUAGCCAGGAAAGCAGCAGAUGACAUCACCAACCAGACAGGUUGUAAGAGAUACGUGGCAGGCGCCGUGGGCCCCACCAAUAAAACCCUGUCUGUGUCUCCCUCAGUGGAAAGACCAGACUUCAGGAACGUCACCUUUGAUGAGCUGGCUGAGGCUUACGCCGAGCAGGUCCGGGGUCUGUUGGAUGGAGGAGCGGAUAUUAUCAUGGUGGAGACCAUCUUUGACACGGCCAACGCCAAGGCAGCACUGUUUGCUAUCGACAAACUGUUUGAAGAGAGCUACGAACCCAGACCUAUAUUUAUAUCAGGCACCAUCGUGGACAGGAGUGGUCGAACUCUCUCAGGACAGACGGGAGAGGCCUUCGUCAUCAGUGUGUCCCAUGCCAAACCCCUCUGUAUUGGUCUUAACUGUGCCUUAGGAGCCACUGAGAUGAGGCCUUUUAUUCAGGCUAUUGGGAAAUGCACCACGGCUCAUGUCUUGUGCUACCCCAAUGCAGGUCUCCCCAAUACGUUCGGUGGAUACGAUGAGACCCCGGAGUUGACAGCCUCACAUUUAAAGGACUUUGCUACAGAUGGUCUGGUGAAUCUGGUUGGUGGAUGCUGUGGAACGACUCCUGCACACAUCAGGGCCAUUGCUGAGAAAGUGAAGCACUGCCAUCCCAGAGUGCCCCCUACUGACGUCUUUCAGGACUACAUGCUACUCGCAGGUCUGGAGCCAUUCAGGAUCGGUCCGUACACUAAUUUCGUCAACAUCGGCGAGCGGUGCAAUGUGGCUGGAUCAAGGAAGUUCGCCAAGCUGAUCAUGUCGGGAAACUACGAGGAGGCGUUGAGCAUAGCUAAGACCCAGGUGGAGAUGGGAGCCCAGGUGUUGGACAUCAACAUGGACGAGGGGAUGUUGGAGGGUCCUGCCGCCAUGGCCCGGUUCUGCUGUCUCAUAUCCUCCGAGCCUGACAUCGCCAGGGUACCUCUGUGUAUAGACUCGUCGAACUUCGAGGUGAUCAAGGCGGGGCUGAAGUGUUGUCAGGGGAAGUGUAUCGUGAACAGCAUCAGUCUGAAGGAAGGAGAAGAGGAGUUUCUCCAGAGGGCUACGACUGUCAGACGCUACGGGGCUGCCGUGGUGGUUAUGGCCUUCGACGAGGAGGGUCAGGCUACCGAGACAGAGCGCAAGGUCGACAUCUGCAGCAGAGCCUAUCGCCUCCUGGUAACUCAAGUGGGCUUUGACCCCAACGACAUCAUCUUUGACCCCAACAUCCUGACCAUCGGCACGGGCAUGGAGGAACACAGCGAGUACGCCAUCAACUUCAUCAGAGCCACCAGGCUCAUUAAGGAGUUGUUGCCUGGGGCCAGGAUCAGUGGAGGCCUGUCCAACCUGUCCUUCUCCUUCAGAGGCAUGGAGGUCAUCAGAGAGGCCAUGCAUGGAGCCUUCCUCUACCACGCUAUCAAGGACGGUAUGGACAUGGGCAUAGUGAACGCUGGCAGCCUGCCUGUCUAUGAUGAUAUCGACAAGGAGCUCCUGCUCAUGUGUGAGAACCUUAUCUGGAACAAAGACCCGGAGGCCACAGAGAAACUACUGCUGUACGCACAGAGCUGUGCCAAAGGAGGGAAGAAGGUGGUCCAGACGGAUGAGUGGCGAGAGGGAACAGUGGAGGAGAGGCUGGAGUAUGGGCUCAUCAAGGGUAUAGAUAAGUAUGUGGUAGAGGACACAGAGGAGGCGAGGUCCCAGGCUGAGCUCUAUCCGAGGCCCCUACACGUCAUCGAGGGGCCUUUGAUGAACGGCAUGAAGGUGGUGGGAGACCUGUUUGGAGCUGGGAAGAUGUUCCUACCUCAGGUGAUAAAAUCAGCACGUGUGAUGAAGAAGGCUGUCGCCCACCUGAUCCCCUUCAUGGAGAAGGAGAGAGAGGCCAUGCUACUGGCAUCAGGAUCAGUAGAGGAGAUUGACCCCUACCAGGGCACCAUAGUGUUGGCCACAGUGAAGGGAGACGUCCACGACAUCGGAAAGAACAUUGUAGGAGUGGUGCUGGGCUGCAACAACUUCAGAGUGAUCGAUCUGGGGGUCAUGAUUCCAUGCGACAGGAUAUUGAGGGAAGCCAUCGACUGCAAAGCAGACAUCAUCGGUCUGUCUGGCCUCAUCACGCCCUCACUGGAUGAGAUGAUCUACGUUGCCAAGGAGAUGGAGCGGCUUGGGAUGAAGACCCCACUGCUGAUCGGAGGGGCCACCACCUCCAAGACCCACACGGCAGUGAAGAUCGCUCCCCGUUACAGCUGUCCUGUGGUGCAUGUUCUGGAUGCUUCCAGGAGUGUGGUGGUGUGUUCCCAGCUGCUAGAUGAGAAUGUGAAGGAAGUUUUUGAGGAGACGACAGAGGAGUACGAAGACAUCAGACAGGACCACUAUGACCUCUCUAAAGUCUCUGUGUGUCUGUGUUCUCAGGAGAGGCGCUUCCUGUCUCUAGCCCAGGCCAGGGAGAAAGGACUCCAUGUGGAUUGGCUUUCUCAGGCCAAACCAGUGUGUCCUCAGUUCCUGGGUACCCGUGUGUUUGAGGGGUAUGACCUGCGGAGGCUGGUGGACUAUAUUGACUGGAAGCCUUUCUUUGACGUGUGGCAGCUGAGAGGGAAGUACCCUAACAGAGGGUACCCCAAGAUCUUCAAGGACAAAACCGUGGGUGAGGAGGCUCGGAGGGUGUUUGACGACGCCCAGCGGCUCCUCAACAGACUGAUAGAUAAUAAGGGUCUCUGGGGGCGUGGCCUGGUGGGCUUCUGGCCCGCCCAGAGUGUAGGAGACGACAUCCAGGUGUACGAACAUGACGUCACACCUCGCUCCUCCACGCCCCUCGCCACCUUCUACGGACUACGCCAACAGGCAGAGAAGGACAGUGCCAGCUCAGACCCCUACUACUGCCUGUCCGACUUCGUGGCCCCGAGGGCCAGCCGUGUGUCGGACUACAUGGGGAUGUUUGCUGUAGCUGUGUUCGGAGCGGAGGAGCUGAGCAAACAGUUUGAGACCCAGGGAGACGACUACAACAGUAUCAUGGUGAAGGCUCUGGCAGACCGCCUGGCUGAGGCGUUUGCCGAGGAGCUCCACGCCAGGGUGCGUAGGGAGCUGUGGGGCUACAGCAUGGAGGAGAACCUCCCGACUGAGGACAUGCACAGGAUCCGUUACGAGGGCAUCAGGCCAGCCGCAGGAUACCCCUCCCAGCCCGACCACACUGAGAAGACCGCCAUGUGGACACUGGGCGAGGUAGAGGAGAAGACGGGUAUCAAGUUGACUGAGUCUCUGGCCAUGACCCCAGCAGCUGCUGUCUCUGGGCUGUACUUCUCUCACCCUAAAGCUACCUACUUCGCUGUGGGAAAGGUCACCAGAGAACAGGUGGAGGACUAUGCUGGGAGGAAAGAGAUGCCAGUGUCUGAGGUGGAACGCUGGCUGGGGCCGAUCCUGGGCUACGACACUGACUGACAGUGAUACUUCAACCAAUCC